ACCAGCCCCUCUACGCCACGACAACUAAUAAAUAGUAUAAUCACAAAUUUAUACUUUCCCCAUUGUCCUCAACAAACCAUCCAAUCUUCUCAUCUCCUAUAUAAACAAACUCCCCAUCUCCACAACUUACUCAAUAUAACCCAACAAAUCAUUCACUAAUAGCAAAAAUGGCAUCAUCGCCUAAGCCAACCUCUCUCAUCACAUUCUUCUUCAUCUCCAUAAUUUCAAUCUUAGUUUCACACUCGAAUGCCGGAAAGAUCUCAAUCUACUGGGGCCAAAACGGAGGCGAGGGCACAUUGGCCGAUACAUGUGCCACCGGAAACUAUAACUUUGUGAACAUAGCCUUCCUUCCGACAUUCGGCAACGGCCAAACUCCGAUGAUCAAUCUUGCUGGCCAUUGCGAUCCUUACACUAACGGGUGCACCAACUUGAGCUCUGAUAUCAAAUCUUGUCAGGCCAAAGGUAUCAAAGUCAUGCUUUCCAUCGGAGGUGGGGCCGGAAGCUACUACCUCGCCUCUUCUCAGGAUGCCAGACAGGUAGCAACCUAUCUUUGGAACAAUUUCUUGGGUGGAAAAUCGUCAUCUCGUCCACUAGGCGACGCUAUAUUGGACGGAAUCGACUUUGAUAUAGAGGGAGGAACCAAUCUCUAUUGGGAUGAUUUGGCACGAUAUCUUUCCAAUUACGGAAAGGUUAACGGCAAGAAAGUGUACUUGAGUGCGGCCCCACAAUGCCCUUUUCCCGAUUACUACAUCGGAAACGCCCUCCAAACCGGGAUUUUCGACUACGUGUGGGUGCAAUUCUACAACAACGCUCCAUGCCAAUAUUCCUCCGGGAUGGAAAGUUUUGAGAAUGCAUGGAAUGAUUGGAAUUCAAUUCCGGCGGGAAAGAUAUUCCUGGGAUUGCCGGCUUCUGCUCAAGCCGCUGGUACUGGAUUUGUUCCGGCGAGUGAUCUUAUUUCACAAGUGCUUCCGGUUAUAAAGGGUUCCGACAAGUAUGGAGGAGUUAUGCUGUGGGAUAGGUACCAUGACAAUGGCUACAGUUCUUCCAUCAACAAAGAUGUUUGAUAUGUGCUCUCAUAUUCGAAAAUCAACUUAUGAUUCUGGAAUUUUCAUCGCAUGAUAUGAUUAUGUAUCUGUGGAUUAAUACUUAUUGGCAUGUACAAUUUCUGUAAUCUGUAUGUAUAUAAGUAUUUAUAUAUACAUUAUGUGUGUUUAUUGCAAUAGACUCAUGUAUCAACUAUUUUAAGAAAGGACUGAUUUUUCUCCACACCACUAGCACUAAUACUUGAUGAUUUUACCAUUUUUUAGCUAUCAGCUAAAUACAUACGAAGAAAGCGACGUGCAAAUAGAAGAGACGGAAAAUUGGAGGACAACAAUAAUACGAAAUACAAGAAAAUCGGGCUACGUAAAGACAAAAGGCAGUAGAGA